AUGCAGAAGUGUGCCAGAAGGAGGAAUCAAUCCAUCGCUCCAAGUUUAGAUGGCCCCUUCAAGCUCAACCUCCAUCCCAGAGACUAUUUCCAGGGCAAUCCAUAUCACAGUGACAAACCAACCCCACCAGCACAUAAGCCCCUCUCACCAAGACAGAAAGUCUCUCCUGCUCCCUUUAAACCAGCGUCCCCCGGGAAACAAAUUGGAGGAAUGAAAGCGGGGACAUUUGACAAGUAUCCCUCACAUUCUGCUGAUCCAUACGUCCUUCGCCGUUCCAAACCGACCAAUCAAGAGCCAAUAUUCUGUCCCACUCCUGGUCCUAAGAGCACACCUGUCAAGAGUAUCAUCACUGUCAAUGUUAACAGGAGUUUAAAUUAUGUAAAGUACACCUCAACCAUCCCAGCUGUGAUGACCUUCUGA